AUGGCACCGAAGAAAAAAAAGACAAAAGAUAAAAAAGGCAAGACUGGAACUAUUGCCCCUGCGCAAUUUGUCAGUGAGCGGGAGCAGUACCUACAGAAGGAAUACGCCAUCCUGACGGAACAUGUGGAUACAUACACACAGCGCGUACAGCACUUCCAGGGGGAAAACGAGUUCCUGGACAAGGAAGCACAGCAGAUCCGGGAGAACAACAAGGCCUAUCUCUCUUACUUGAAUAAGCGCACCCUCCGAUGCCAGACUGCUAUUGUUACACUGAAUGAUCAGAACCGCUCAGACUUGGCACAGGUUCGGAAGCAAAAGGAGCAGCUGGUCUCACAGUACACAGACAAGGAGAAGGAGGUGAAGAGUCAAUUGAUCGAGAUGGAGACCAAGUACUCCCUCAUGAACAAAGAAGUUGACGAGCUACAGCCCUUCAAGGAACUACAGUUGGAGCAGCUGACCCGGAUCCGGGAGUUGGAGAAGGAGCUUCUGGCCAUGAAAAUCCAGCAUUCAGAGCAAAUGCACAAGGUCAAGAGCCAAUUCCUACAGCAGAAAGCUGACUAUGAGAUGGAGUGUCAGCAGAAAGUCCAAACUCUCGCCAAGCUGGCAGAGAAGGAAGCUGUGCGCAGUCUAAUACAACACACCAAGCAGGUGAAAGCAGAGAACUGGCGACUGCGCCAUGAACUGCUGAACCUCAUUAAACGAGCUGAAGUUUUGAAAGAUUUCAUGACCCAGCUGAGAGAACAGCAGCAACAGCUUCUACGGGAGCACCAAUACAGCCAAGACCUGGCACGUAUGCGCCACUGGCUAAGGCGGCGUGGAGCACGACUGAUCAUCACUCCUGGCAGCAGCUUCAGAUGCAACCGAACCGCUAAGAACAGGACUCUGUCCCCUCAUGAUGUAAAUGCCCAACUGUUCACAGAAAAGGAGCCAGGAGGAUCCUCCAAGCAUUCCGCAGAGGGAGGAGAGCAUGAUGCCAGCUAUGAUUUCUAA